AUGAACAUUGACUAUAUUGGUGCUGACUUACCUUCUUUGGUUUCUUGGAUCCGCCGCUUGCGAGGCCGACAGGAGCCUAUGCCUAUCCUCAUCCAGCAUAGCCAUGAAAGUGCCUAUUAUCGGGAGAUACUCAAUGGUGCCACUCCGAUCACCCCAAUCACCCCCGACCACUCCGCAAGCUGGCGAAGUGAAGGUGGAGGAGGCUCCGGUACUGCAGGAGGCCACCGUGCUGCAGAAGCUGCAGAACGGCCGACAGACAAUCAUCCCGGGGGGACCCAGCUGGCCCCCGGUGCGGCUGCUACAUUUUUUCCAGGAGAGAGUAUCCAGAUGAGUCAGAGCAGUGGAGUAUAA